GUCUGUCUCCACUCAGUGGAAUCAAACCACACAUGAGGUGCAGUUGCUGUGCGCUGUGCUGGGAAGAGGAGUCGGUUUCUUUUAUUUUAUUGUUCUUUCAUUUCUUGAUUUUCUGAAAAGAAUAACAUUCCGGCUGCAGACCUUUGUGAAGGAUCAUGGCGUUAGACUGAUCAAGCCAGCUUUCUCAUCUGUAACAGCUGUGUUUUUGUAUUUUGUUCUGAUUUUUUUUUUUAUGCUGGACUUCUGGAAGGAGAGGAAAAAAACACAGAAUGGGCGAACCCUUCAGGUUAUUUCUUUAACUCUGAUUUCUGGAAAUGGAUCCUGUUUUCUCGCAGACAGACAAAGAUGAUAAGGUUUACCCCAAAGAGCUCAGCCAUGGGAAGCUAAUGAUGAGAAAGAGGAUAUUCUGGGAUUGUCCACUUCAACUCUCCUGGAUGAUGGAUGGUGAGCUCUUCACUUCCACUCUACUACCAGCAGGUGAUGCUAUUGCAGACACUGGCAUUACUCUGGAGCAGAAGACGACAUUUGCUUUUGUUAUUUUCCUGUUUGUAUUUCUUGGGAUUCUUAUCGUCAGGUGCUUCCGCAUCCUCCUUGAUCCUUACCGUAGCAUGCCCACCUCCACCUGGGCAGAUGGGCUAGACGGCCUGGAGAAGGGACAGUUUGAUUACACUUUGGCAUAGUACCCACGCGGCCUUUGACACUGAAUGUCAAACAAUGGAAAACUGACAAGAUUGCUGUGCACUUUCAACACUACUGUAGAUAUUGUUUACAUGGAGGUGAAAAAAUCGUCAUCUCGCUGAAACAGGAAUGCCUAUACAAAUUCAGAUAACCAAGGAUAUGUGUUGUGUGAAAACCUAUCUAGCUCUUACAGGGUUAUUGUGCUUUUCUAACAUAUUGUGGUUUUGUUCAAUGAUGCAGCGUGAAGGUCUGUUGCUCUGUGCUACCAAAUCAGCCAUAAGCACACUCUUUUACAUGCCUUUGAUGCAGUCUUGACUGUUAGCAACUUUUUAAGAGUAGUCAAAUGCACUGUAGAGAAUUACAUGUUAUUUUGCACGUACUACCUGAAUGAAUCAUUUACCCAAGUGAUUUUCGAUAUGGAAGAAAAACAACAGUAAUAUUGUGAUAAUGAAAAGUAACUGCAGCUGCACUCUGCAUUAAAUAAAUAAACUGUGAUUUAAAGACUUGCCCUAUGACCUGACUACUGUUAGAAACCAUGUGCACAUUUGUGUGUGAAGUGUCUGUAUAGACAAUGUGCAGCUCAAUGCAUAAUUCCUUGCCCAAGACUCUGAAAUUAUAUUAAUUUAUCAAGCUAGGCUUUUAGCCUUUUGUGCUGUCAGUUUAUAGGUGCACAUCACAAUACAUAUCAACUACUUAUUAAAUUGUAAUGUAAAUAAUUGCACUCUCUAUAUCUACAGUAUAGUUACAUCACUUGAUAUGAUUAUAUCAUAUCUUCACUUAAUGGAAACAUUUUAAAUGAUACCAUGCACUAGAAAUUGUAACAAUAAAAGUGUUUAAAAAACUCUUGUUGGUUCUAUCAGGUAAAAGACUGUGUUCCCAGAAAUUAAAGUAUCAAAAAACUUUAUGAAGUGUUCUCUCUGCUGUCUAGAAAAAAAAUUCCAUUGUGAAUGAGUAUUGUUCUUGGAAAUGAAAUUGUUUAAAUUUCGAUUAUGUUUCUCAUAGCCGGUCGAUUGUCUAAUUGCAAUUGCUGGGCCUGUGGCAAAUGAAACAUAUGAAAGGCUCUUGGGGUUUUAAUGCUGAAGAAAUCCGCUGGGUUAAGCUGAACAAAGCAUCUGUGAAGUGACUGUAAAUCAAGGAUAGAACAUUUUUUUUUUCAAUUAAAGGUAGAGUUAUCACAACAUAUUCCCAUUUUCUCCGUUUUUCAGAGGUAUAGUCUGCUUAGCACCACCUUUAAAUUCUUAUACUAUAGCAAAGAUAGAAACUCCACACCACAUCACAUCCCAUUAGUAUUCACUAUAUGUUUUCUGUACAGCUGGAAAAGAGAACGUUUCUGCGUAAAUAGAUGCUUUUCUCCACUAACAAGUGUUGUAUAUAUUAAUACAUUACCAUUGUGCCUAAAUGUAAAAA